GACGUCACAAUAGCGGCUGGCCGCCGUCCCUACCCGGUCCCAGCCGAUCGGGGCUGGUUUGAGCUGGUGCGUUGCCAUAGCGACGCCGGCUGCCCUAUAUAUAGGAGCGCCGCGGCGGUGGCGAAGCUUUGUCAGCCGCGGCGCCCCGAUCGUUGCGCAGCCCCGCGCGGCCGCCCGCCCGCCCCGCUCCUCCUCAGGCAGGGCGCUCCCGGCCCGGCAGCUCUCCGCGCCCGGCUCGGAGGAGGAGGCGGCGGCACGGAGCGAGGGCACUGGCCGCCGGCGAGGCUUGACAGCGGCUCCCGGCGCCCGAGCCUGGAGUUCAUGGAUAGAACAGGGAAGCUCCAACAGCCAACAGAGCAACUUCAAGGAAAGCCCCGAUCUCUUGGCUGGUUUAUACUUUAGAUCUCACUACAGUUCGGAUUGAUACUAAACUCUCACCUAGUGACUGCUAUUGUUCAGAGCUUGUAUUUAAAUCCUUUGGCGUAAACCUGAAAUCUCAGAAAUCAUGAGCAGCUUCAGCAAUGAAGAAUUUGAAUUCACCUUCCUUGAUGAAGGCUUUACUGCCAAGGAUAUCCUCGACCAAAAAAUAAAUGAAGUGUCAUCUUCUGAUGAUAAAGAUGCCUUCUAUGUUGCUGACCUUGGGGAUAUUUUAAAGAAGCACAUGCGAUGGCAUAAAGCUCUUCCUCGGGUAACCCCUUUCUAUGCUGUAAAAUGUAAUGAUAGCAAAGCUGUAUUGAAGACACUUGCUGCUCUUGGUGCAGGAUUUGAUUGUGCCAGUAAGACGGAAAUACAGCUGGUGCAGAGCAUUGGUGUACCUCCUGAGCGAAUAAUAUAUGCAAAUCCCUGCAAACAACUAUCUCAAAUCAAGCAUGCUGCCAGCAGUGGUGUGCAGAUGAUGACUUUUGAUAGUGAAGUAGAACUAAUGAAAGUUGCAAGGGCCCAUCCAAAAGCCAAGUUAGUCUUGCGCAUCACAACUGAUGAUUCCAAAGCAGUUUGUCGUCUGAGUGUUAAAUUUGGAGCUACCCUUAAGACUAGCAGGCUCCUUCUGGAGCGUGCAAAAGAACUUGACCUUGCCAUUGUUGGAGUUAGCUUCCAUGUUGGGAGUGGAUGUACAGACCCAGAGACCUUUGUUCAAGCCAUUUCUGAUGCCCGCUGCGUGUUUGAUAUGGGAGCUGAACUUGGCUUCAGUAUGUAUCUGCUUGAUAUUGGUGGUGGCUUCCCUGGUUCUGAAGAUGUCAAGCUUAAAUUUGAAGAGAUCACAAGUGUAAUCAAUCCAGCAUUGGAUAAAUACUUUCCCUCGGAUUCUGGAAUAAAUAUUAUUGCAGAGCCAGGAAGAUACUAUGUUGCAUCAGCUUUCACACUGGCAGUCAACAUCAUUGCAAAAAAAGUUGUGUUAAAGGAGCAAGCAGCUUCUGAUGAUGAAGAUGAUGCAAAUGACAAAACUCUCAUGUACUAUGUGAAUGAUGGAGUGUAUGGAUCAUUCAACUGUAUCUUGUACGAUCAUGCACAUGUUAAACCAGUUCUGCAAAAGAGACCUAAACCAGAUGACAGUUGCUAUUCCUGCAGCAUAUGGGGACCAACGUGUGAUGGUCUAGAUCGCAUUGUUGAGCGUUUCAAUAUGCCAGAGUUGCAGGUUGGCGAUUGGAUUCUGUUUGAAAACAUGGGUGCCUAUACUGUUGCAGCAGCUUCUACUUUCAAUGGAUUCCAGAGGCCAACAAUAUACUAUGUGAUGUCAAGACCAGCAUGGCAAUUAAUGCAACAGAUUAAGGAGCAAGGGUUCCUAGCUGAAGUGGAGGAGCAGGAUGUUGCUACUUUGCCACUCUCUUGUGCCUGGGAAAGCGGAAUUGAAUAUCCAGCGAAUUGUGCUUCAGCUAGUAUUAAUGUAUAGAUAACACUUAGUAACUAACUGCAAGUUUAGUCAUUGAAUUUAGGGCAUUUGGGGGACCAUUAACUUAAUUCUUGCUAGAAUUUAAGUGGUUUUUUUUUAAGUUUAGGUUUGGCAUAAAUGCAACAAAAUAAAUGACUAGGAGAUGGGGGUCACACUUAUCUGUGUUCCUAUGGAAACUAUUUGAAUAUUGUUUUAUAUGGAUUUUUAUUCACUUUUCACAUAUGCUACUAAAGACUGACCCUCAACUGUCAAACAAGUAUUUGUAGCUUGUGUAUGGCAGAAUGGGCUAAGCUUAGUGUUUGUGACCUACCUGUUUUAAAAUAAAGUAUAUUGAAAUAA